AUGAAAAGUUCAAUUGUUUCUAGUUCACAACCACGAUCAAUUGCUGUUGGUGAUUUUAAUCAUGAUCAUCAAAUGGAUUUUGUUGUAGCAAAUUCUGGUACAAAUAGUAUUGGAAUAUUUCUUGCACAAGACAAUGAAACAUUUACAAAUCAACAAAUAUAUUCUACUGGAUUCGACUCUCGUCCUUAUUCGUUGAUUGCUAAUGAUUUUAAUAAUGAUAGUUAUUUAGAUAUUGCUGUUGCUAAUUAUGGUACCAAUAAUAUUGGAGUAUUUUUAGGAAAUAAAAAUGGAAAAUUUGCUAAUCAAAGUGUAUUUUCACUUAAUUCUUCUCGUCCAGUUUUUAUUACUACUGGUGACUUCAAUAACGAUAAUCAAAUAGAUAUUGUUGUAGCAAAUAAUAAUACUGAUACUAUUGGCAUUCUUCUUGGAAAUGGUGAUGGAUCGUUUCAAAAUCAAAUAAUUUAUUCAACUGAUUAUGAUUCUCUUCCAUGUGCCUUAGCAAUUGGUGAUUUUAACAAAGAUAAUCAAUUAGAUAUUGCUGUGGCUAAUUAUGGUACUGACAAUAUCGGUAUUUUUCUUGGAUAUGGUAAUGGGGCAUUUGCAAGUCAAAGAACUUAUACAACUACUCUUAAUUCGAAACCAUCUUCAAUCACUGUUGGAGAUUUAAAUAAUGAUAAUUAUCUCGAUAUUAUAGUCACACAUUAUGGUACUGGCAAGAUUGGUAUAUUUUUUGGUUAUGAUGAUGGUACAUUUGCAAAACAAACUACGUUCUUAAUAAGUUCCAAGUCUCAUCCAUAUUAUAUUACUCUUGGUUAUUUUGAUAAGGACAAUCAACUAGAUAUUGUUGUUGUUGAUUCAGAAAACGAUCAAGUACAUAUUCUUCUGCAAUACGAUAAUAGAACAUUUGUUACAACAACAUAUGAUGGAAUAAAUGAAUCUCGUCCAGUCUUUGUUGCUGUAGCAGAUUUUAAUAAAGACAAUCAAUCAGAUAUUGCUAUAGCCAACUAUGGUACUAAUAAUGUACUUAUACUUAGUCAAUAUUUUAUAAAACCAUCAGUAAGACAAAUGAAUUAUCUUAUUGAAAAAAAUUCCCGUUCAUCUUCGAUUGUUAUUUAUGAUUUUAAUAAUGAUGAUCGAUUUGAUUUAUUAGUUAAUGAUUUUAAUAAUAAUAGUUUACUUUUACUAACUGGUAAUGAUGAUGGAACUUUUAAGCGAACAACAACAUAUUCGACUGGAAAUAAAUCAGCUCCAAAACAUAUUUGUAUUGGUGAUUUUAACAAUGACAAUCGAAUGGAUAUUGUCACAGCUAAUUAUGGUUCUGAUAGUGUAGGUAUUCUUCUUGCACAAGGCAAUGGAACUUUUUCUAAUGUGACAACUUACUUUGUGAGCGAUGGUUCUACACCGUGGUCAGUCAAUGUUGGAGAUUUCAAUAAUGAUAAUCGAUUAGAUAUUGUCACUGCAAAUUAUGGAUCUGGUGGCUUAGGUGUUCUUCUUGGACAUGCUAAUGGAACUUUUGGUAAGGCGACGACAUACUCUGCUAAUAUUAUUAUUCGGCCGGUAUUAAUUGGUGUUGGCGAUGUCAAUAAUGAUAAACAAUUGGAUAUUGCCACUACUGAUUACAAGUCUGGCAAUGUGGGUAUCCUUCUGGGACUUGGUGAUGGAACUUUUUCGAAUGCAACGACGUACUCUGUUGGUAGUUCUUCUGCUCCAAAUGGCCUCAGUCUCUUUGAUUUGAAUAAUGAUAAUCAUCUGGAUCUUAUUGUUACUACUUUCAAUGGAGGUUUAGUAGGUAUUUUUCUCGGAUAUGGAAAUGGAUCUUUUCAAGAAAUCACAAAAUAUUCAACUGGUUCUACUUCGUCCACUUUUCGCAUCGCUAUUGCUGAUUUCAACAAUGAUUAUCGAUAUGAUUUCGCUGUGACCGAUAUCGCAAAUAACGAAAUAAUUAUCUUUUAUGGAUAUGGGAAUGGCAGUUUCCAACUCGCAAGGACAUAUUCUACUGGUUUUGGUUCGAAGCCGUAUGACAUCGCCACUGCCAAGCUGAAGAACAGCAAUCAAAUAAAUAUCAUUGUUACUUUAUGGGGUAUUGGGAAUGUUGGUAUUUUAACUGAAUAUGCUGCUGCAGAAUUUGCAAAUGAAAAAAGAUAUUCAACUGGUUUAGCUCCACAACCUUAUUCUGUCACUGUUGGUAAUUUCAAUGAUGAUAAUUAUAUAGACAUAGCCAUCGUCAAUUCAGGAAGUGAUAAUUUAGAUAUACUUUUCAAUACGGGUAAUGGUACAUUCGAAAGACAAAUAACAUAUCCUAUUGGUGCUGAUUCAUAUCCACAAUAUGUUAUUGCUGAUGAUAUCAAUAAAGAUAAUCAUUUAGAUAUAGUUACUGUUAAUUCAAAGAGUAAUAGUAUUAGUUUAAUUAUGGGUUAUGGUAAUGGAACUUUUGACAUUCCAAAGGUAUAUUCAACUGGAGAAGAUUCAUAUCCGUUGGCAGUAGCUAUUGGUGAUCUCAAUAAUGACAAUCGAGCGGAUUUAAUCAUUGCUAAUGCAGGUACAGAUAGUAUAGGUAUACUUAUUGGAUUUGAUUAUACAACAUUUCAAAGUCAUAAGACUUAUUCCAGUGAUAAUACUCGAACACCACAGGGUAUCAUUACUAGUGACUUCAAUAAUGAUAAAUAUCUAGAUAUUGCAGUUACUUUUUCUUCGAGUGAUAACAUUGGUAUUCUUCUUGGACAUGGUAACGGAAAUUUUGAUGUUAUGAUGACUUAUUCGACUGGAAAUGGUUCACGACCUGUUUCCUUGGCUAUUCAUGAUUUUAACAAUGAUGGACUAUUGGACAUUGUUGUCGUUAAUUCAGGCACUAAUGACAUAGGUAUACUUGUUGGAUAUGGUAAUGGAAGUUUCACUACCAGCAGAAGAUAUUCAACUGGAUAUAAUUCUAAUCCGGUUAUGAUCGUCUUAACCGAUAUAAACAAUGAUGGUCAAAUAGAUAUUGUCGUGGCCAACUAUGUGGCUAAUAAUAUAGGUAUUCUACUUGGACAUGACAAUUUGACUUUCGAUACCAUAAUUACUUAUUCGACUGGAAUUAAUUCCAAGCCACAGUCGCUUGCUAUAGGUGAUUUUGAUAAUGACGGUCAAAUAGAUAUCGCCGUAGCUAAUUAUCGUACUAGCAGUAUCAGUAUUUUUUUAGGUUAUCAAAAUGGAAAUUUUACAACUCAAGUAAGCUAUUCAACGGGUUAUCAAUCUUGGCCAUAUUCAAUAACUGUUGGAGAUUUCAAUAGAGACAAUCAACUUGAUAUUGCUACUGGUAAUUUUAAUAUGAAUGAUGUCAGUAUUUUUCUUGGACAUACAAAUGGUACUUUUGCUUCUGUCAUGACAUUCUCCACUGGAGAUGGUUCUGCUCCAGAAUUUGUUGAAGCUCAUGAUUUUAAUAAUGAUGGCAUAUUAGAUAUCGGUGUCGCUAAUUCUGGAACUAACAAUAUUGUUGUACUUUUUGGAUUUGGAGAUGGAAGUUUCUUACUAGGAACUGCAUAUCGAACUGGUGUAGGAUCUGGACCAUAUGCAUUAGCUAUUGGCGAUUUUGACAAUGACUCUCAGUUAGAUAUCGCCGUCGCAAAUGCACAGUCAAAUGAUAUAGGCAUCUUUCUCGCAUAUGGCACAGAACUUUAUGCUGGCAUAACAUCAUAUAGUAUGGGUUUGGAAUCACAGCCACAUUCAGUUGCUAUUGAGGAUCUGAAUAACGAUGGUCUGUCAGAUAUUGUCGUAGCUAAUUAUGGUACUGACAAUGUAGGUAUUUUACUUGGACAUAGUUAUGGAGGUUUUAAUAGUAUAACAACAUAUUCAACCGGAGUUGGUUCUUCUCCAUAUUCUGUUUCUAUAGCUGAUUUUAAUAAUGACAAUCAAUUGGAUAUUGUUGUUAGUAAUUCUGAAACUGAUAAUAUUGCUAUUUUGAUUGGUGCUGGUAAUGGAACGUUUGUAAUUGGAGCAAUAUAUUCAACUGGUGCUCGUUCUCGACCAUGUACAGUAGCUGUAGGUGAUUUUGAUAAUAAUAAUAUAACAGAUAUUGCUAUUGCGAAUUAUGGUACUAAUAAUAUAUUUCUACUUUAUGGAUAUGGAAAUGGACUUUUCGGAAAUAAAACUUCAUAUGAUCUAGGCUAUGGAUAUCGUCCCUAUUCGAUUGCAAUUAAAGAUUUAAAUCAAGACAAUCGGAUGGAUAUUGUUAUUGCAUGUUAUGGAACAGAUCAUGUAGAAACUCUAAUCAAAAUGUGUUAA